CCGAUGGCAGGGCUUCCCCCUGUCGCCCAACCAGGAUCCAUCGUUUCGCCGUUUGCCGCUGUACUGUGCAUUCUCACAGUCGCUGGUUGCUACUGGGCUUUCAAAUACUUGCCUCAACUCUCGAUGACAAACGCUCCAUCUGCCUCGAGCAGUCCUGACAAGGAAGAAAAGGACAAAGACAAGGAUAAGGCUGGGUCGACAGAAAGCUCAGCGGGGUCUCAAAUGACAAUCAUCUCACCUGCAGCGUUCAUUAGCUUGUUCUGCUUUGCAUUGCUCGCGAUCGUUAUCAUUCAGGGUCCGCUGGGAUUGGCCGAGGCGUUCUCCGGCAAGGAUCCCCAUGUGGCACCGGUCACGACUUCUCCAGCCCAGACUGGCCAACAGCUGGGCGUCAAGCAGCUACGAGACUUGAUAGCAGUCUUACAACCGAAUUCAGCAUCAUCUGCGCCCGCCUCUAACGGGGACCCUCAGCCGCACAUUGGCGGUCAGCAUCAUGCUGUUGGGCCGAACGGGGCCGCUUCUUCUAGCUGGUACAUCAAUCAGGGCAAUCAUGCUAGCGGCUCUGAUGCUUCAAAUCAGCCCAAAAACGGCCCUGAGCUGUCAUUAGCUGAUCGCCUACUGCUAGCAGGCCUUCCGCCUGCAUUUCAGGCUUUCGACCUUUGUCAAUCACAGCCCUCAACAUGUGCAAGUCUGUUGCAGACCGUCGAUACCGAUCUGCUCACGGAUUUACUGUCGGGCGGUCGAUCGGCUUCUGGUGUUCCGCCAGCAGGCGCGCCUUUGGCCAAGCCUGUUCCCUUGAUUCCUCAGCACGGUUUCUUGGGAUCUUACCAGGGAUUGAAAAGCCUCGAAAACGCGUUCUACCCGAUGCUGAUAGGCGCCAUCGGACUGAUCGUGCUAUUUGAUUACGGCACUUGAACGAUGUCUAGAUCGAUUAAGCUGACAGCAGUACAGCAGUACAUAUCUAUGAAUCUUAGACGAGACUGUUACUGCUUGCCUUCUGUGUCGCUAUGUCACAUGUUUCGAGAGCGCAAGAGUACGCUAGGUCGCGAAAGCCGUUCCUGCCGCAUGCGAUAUAUCGUCGUGGCAUAUGGCAUAUGGCAUAUGGCAAUGAAACACUCUUAUUUCAUAA